AUGAAGCCCGUGAUCGAAUCAGUCGAUGCAAGAAACAAGUUGGAGGAUCUCUCUGGUAUUAAGGCCAGGCCGGGAGACAACCCGUACGAUACCCUCAUACAAGCCUGCAAUGAUCAUCCCGCCGAGAUACAGUCGUUGUAUGCCACUCAUCGAGUGACACGGAACCUCCAACAGCGACAACAAUUCUUGUCAGCCGACUUUUCAGAACUCAUUAUCGAUCCCGUUUUAUUACGGCUCGAGAAACCAUCAGUCGAGCCUGGGUUCCGAGACCCACGGCACUGUCUUGUAUUCUGGGCAAGACCACCGGAGCACAUAUUGAAACUGGCUUCCCAUUUGCAAUCCCUCCUCCAGAAGGUGGCCCCCAAUUUGUGGCUCAUGCCCACGCACUGUAUGCACAUGACGGCACUUGAGCUGGCGCACUCACGGACCUCAGAUGAGAUUGGGAGCCUCGUGUCGUCGAUACGGAUGGCGAUACCGUCUUUGACGAACCUGACGUUUACACACCGGGCCCGGUUGGUAAGACCCAUGAUAUCCUAUGACCUCUCGGCCAUUGCCGUGUCGUUCGUCCCGGCAGCCGAGGAGGAUGACGGGUACACGUACCACCAUCUCCGCAGAGACCUGUUCGAGGCAGUGAAGAAGACUGGGGUCGAGAUCGGGUCUCGGUACGUGGUUCCUAGCGCGCACAUCACGCUCGGGCGAUAUCUCGGCCAAGACGACCACGCGACGCAUCAGGCCCGGCAAAGCUGGAUCCAGGCGAUUGAGGCUAUCAACAAAUGGCUGGAGACUCAAGUGUGGGACUCUGUCGACGGCGAGUUCACGGGGGAGUGGGUUGUCGGUCAGGAGAAAGGGCUUGAAGUGCGAGACGGGACGCUAUGGUAUGGAGGUGGUCGCACCAUCAUGGCGGGAGAAGGAUUCUAA